CGGACACAAGCUCCACUCCUGAGCUUUUUUUUAUAUUCCUUCUCUAAAAAGUCAAUUAAUUUGCAAAAUCGCAAGUGUUAGUUAACAAUGGCCGAGUUUCUGGUGCAGCAAUACAACAACUAUGAAGUAGUCAAGGGCCCUGAAAAGAGAAAGAGCCAGCGCGGCUUCUCUGCCAAGUGCGCUUCCUUGGUAAAGCAGCAACAUGCCCGGAUCUACAUCUUGCGCCGCUGCGCCACCAUGCUCCUCUGCUGGUACAUUCACGGUGAUGACUAGGCUAAAUUACUAAGCUCCUUCAAACUAAUCAUUCACAAUGACGGUCGUAUAUCUUCGUUGAAUUUUCGUCUCCUCCAACAAUUAGGCAUUGUCGGAAUUUAUAUCCGCUAAUAGUAGUCCGGUUUGGUUUUGUGGGGUAUGUGGUUGUGGUGUAUUCCCUAGGUAAUUUUUCCUUAGUUUCCCUUUAUGUUUUUGACCGGAUCGGAGAAAUCUACCGGGGUUUUUGGGAGGUAGGAAGAAUUAUGGCCGCACUACUUCCAUGCUUUUUGACUUACCGGACGUUGUUUAGCAUGAUCAUCGAUGGAGCAAUAUACAUUAUAUAUGUUUGAAGGAAUCGCUCAAGGUUGCUUGUCUGUUGCCAUAAAGGUUAAUGAGACUA